AUGGCUAAGCAACAAACGAUACGGAUCCUAGUCGCAAUUUUUCUCAUUAAAAUAGCUGGCUGUCAAGAUGGCUUUAGCGAUCAAGAUUUCCUCCGCCUACAACAGCAAUACUCUAUUAAUGAUGGACAAUCAGAAACUAUUACUGGUUACAGCACAAAUGUUAUGCAAAGAGAACCGAAUAGUCAGUCUAUGAAUUCAGUUAAUCUACAUUACCACUUAGCUGGUGAUAGUAAUGGAGAUUAUAACCGAAUUGACCGAGGAAGAAGUAGAAAGGUGUAUCGGAUUAAAAACCCAUUUCAGCAACAGCAAGAAGAUGAUAAAUCGUCUCAAGAAAUCCAAGAUUCACAAGAUAGUGCUACAGGAUCAAGUAACCAGUAUCCAGCAAUGCAAUACUCUUUACCUCCUGAAGAGUUUUUACAAAAAAUGAGGGCAGAAAAUCAAUAUCAUCAACAGCAACAACUAACUACUCAAGUGUCUGCCUCACCUUAUACAGCUACACCACAACCGCAAUAUCAAUAUUCUACUAUACCAGCUUCUAACUACGACCAGCAGUCGAAUCAAUUAUCAACUACGGAGCCAAAAGUAUAUAGUCCCACUUAUCAAAGUAAUUCGAAUUCGUAUCAGUAUAAUCCUUUUGUAUAUAACGUUGAACCAACACAAAGUACUCAAGUUCCUCCUUAUUUAACUACUCCCUUACCAAACCCUCAGUACAUAGAUACUCCUACUAACACAUAUGUCUCUAGCUCUUCUCCAAUAUACCUUUCUAGUCCACAAAAUGUACAGCAAUAUGUUUCCUCUCCAAUGUCAAAUAUUCAAUCAGGAACCGUAGACUACAGUAACAACAGAGUAACUACAGCUGGAAGUAAAUAUGAAAUAAAUAAUGAAUAUGGUAAAGCGAUGCAAAUUGACCUCUUUGACAACUCCGUUAAUGGGUUAAGGUAUCCCUUGCAUCCUCAAAGCCAAUACCAAAAUGAUUUUCCCUCAUCUACUAUGUCACCUAAUACAUCUAUAUAUCCUGAGCAUUUGCAUAGUAAUUGGCAAACUCCGGUGAGUUCAGCCUUGAAUGCACUGCCAAAAUCUGAAAUGUAUGCUCAGAAACCGUAUCAAAAUUAUAGGUAUAAUAGUAACCAACGCGACAAUAGGCAAGAAACUAACUCUGAUUUAUCCAAUACCGAUUCAAAUCGCUUUGGUAGUAUAGCUGCAGCAAAUAAUCUCUUUCUAAAUUACGCUCAACCUGAUUAUCACGUUUAUAAUAAUAUAAAAAGUCAAGCUAGAGAUUCUGAACAGGAUAUGAGUCAGUCAGAUGUUUAUUCUCACGGUGACUAUGGAUGGAAGCUGUCAGAAAAAAAAUCAUCACUGGAACCAGAAAUAUCAACAAAAAAUAAUUACUUUCAGUAUCAAUUUCAUAGCUUACAACCUGAGACAGGAGCGAUUAGCCAAGUCAAUUUUCAAAUGGAUUCUAGUAAAGCGUACGGGCUAGAACAAAAUACUAAACCAGUCACGGAAAAAUUAGAAGCCGAAGAAUUCGCAAAAGCUGCUGCUAAAGCACAUGAGAAAUAUAAGCAACAACUUGAAGCAAAUAAAUAUAUGUCAAAUGCUCAUUACAAUAACAAUUUGAUGCAAAAUUCGUAUAAUCUUAAUUCUCACUACAAUAAUGACAAUGAUAAUGAUAAACAAAGAAAUAAACAAUACAGCAACAGUGUGAGUUCGCAUGGAAAUAUAAAUUCUGAAGUUGUUACAUCAACUCCUUUUCUCUAUAUGAAUAAUAGAGAAGUCUUGGAAAAUAGGCAUAAAAUACCAUUUGAUCAUAAUAAAGCACUGAAAAAUAUAGUUCCGAUUGAUGUUUCUAACGUUGUACAAAAUUCCGAUUCGUCUGUUAAAAUACCCACUGAUGCUGACUCAAGUAAUAGAUAUAGUAAUUUAGAAUAUUAUAACGAACCUUCUGAACAAACUCAUAAACAAUUUUUAAAACAAGUUAAUGAUCCAUAUUACCAAGACAAAAAUACAAUGUAUACAAUUAAAUCAAAACCGGAUGAUCUAUUAGAAAAAAUGAAACAAUUUGAGCAAAAUUAUGGAAAACAUCAAACAUCAGAUAUCGGCCUAAAUUCAGGAAAUAAGCGCUUUGUUGACGAAUUAACUCAGUCUUUAAAAUUCGCUAACCAAAUAGUAAGUAAUCAUUACGAUAAUACUCAGUCAUUGGCCAAUACACACCAACAAGGAUUGCAACGUCCUCAAACUUCCUCAGAUUUAAAUAAUUUACUAAAAUUUAACGACAUUCCUUAUCGCUUAACACAAAGCUAUAAUUCGGAAACACAGCGAAACCGUAAUAGUAACGGUUUGGAACACGGCAAUAUACCAACACCGUUACCUAGUCGUUUUAAUCAAAACGUUGAAAAUCAUCAUAUAGAUAUUACAUCUGAAAUACUUAAUAAACUGAUGGCUAAUAAGCAACAUAACCCUAAUGUAAACCGGCCUGAAGUUGAUAUACAAUCUGGUAAUUUAAUAUCAACAAUUAACGGUUUUAAAGUUGCCAAUCCCUUUAACGUGGAUCUUAAAUUAGUGGCAGAUAUGUUAAAAGGUAAACCAAGUUUUGAUGAGAGCCAAAUGACACCUUUGCGAAAUGAAUUAAAUAAAAAUUUACCAAUAAAGUUCGAUAUUACGCAAUUGCAACAACUUCUUCAAUAUCAAAAUGAUAAUAAUGUGAUGACUCUUAAUAACGGUGUCAUAAAUCCGUUUAGUAAUUCAUUUUAUGAUAUUUAUAAUAAUGGGCGCUAUCCUUAUCAAGGCGUAAAAUAUUCACGUAGUGAAGAAGCACCAGAAACUAUUCCCAUUGCAGAUUCAUCUAAUCAUCAUCCCAUAGGCGCUGUUGUAGAAGAAGAUGAAGUAAAUACAGAUGUAUCUGAUAUAACUGAUCCAACAGAAGAAUUCAAUCUAGAUGAUGAUAAACAUAAAAGCGCAUUUAAUUCAAGCCAAAGGUCACUAAAUGAGAGGCACAAACGUCCAAGUGCCUCUACUAAUCGUUACUCUUAUAAAAGAAAAUAUCCUAAAUCAGAAUUUGAAGAGCCCUAUCCCCUUCUAAAACCCCCACCUCCUCACAGCUCACGUCAUAGAACAGUUUACAAAGGAGAUAAAAGUAUUCAUCGAAGACGUGUUAUAAGACCAAAAAUGUUGAGAGUUUAUAAAACUCAACCUUUAUUUGAAGGCGAUUCUUCUAUGGAUGAUGACAUCGGUUCAUUAAGGCGCUCUUUUUCAGUAGCUGAAGAAAAAUCGGAUAUUGUUGAGGAAAAAACAGAA